AUGGGUGUAACUUCCCAAAUAGGGUUAUCACUCCGGGAGGUGGAUUUCCUGGGCUCAUAUAGCAGCAGGUUAAUCCAGCAAUGGAACAACCCGUAUACACUCGCACGGCCACAAAUAUGCAUUCAUACCUUGAUCCUGGAGCAUUGUCGGAGCCAACCCGAUGCCGAGGCACUGUGUGCUUGGGAUGGUUCCAUCACGUAUGCAGAGCUUGACAAAUUUUCACUCGCAGUCGCGCUCCAGCUGCUGUCAAUUGGUGUUGGCCCAGAGUCAGUGGUCCCGCUCUACUUCGAAAAAUCGAGCUGGACGGCAGUCGCCAUUCUGGGAGUGUUGAGAGCGGGAAGCGCUUUUGUUCUCCUCGAUCCCUCUCAUCCUAUGACCCGUCUGGUCGAUAUUUGCUCGGAGGUGCAGGCAAAAGUUGCCAUAGUCUGGGAUUCAUUGCAGGAGCUGGGUCGACAGCUGGGUCCUCGAGUUAUCACUCUCCUCGACACAAUAAAAAGCCACGUCGAUACAAGGAGAAAACCCUUCAACACACAAGUCAAGCCUUCAAAUGCCGCAUACAUCGCUUUUACUUCCGGCUCCACCGGCAAGCCCAAAGGGAUCGUGAUUGAACACCAAUGCUUCGUUGCAAAUACGCUGGCUCAGAACGCAGUCCAGAAUAUUAAUCACCAAACCCGGGCGUUUCAGUUUGCCUCAUAUGGGUUCGAUAGUAGCAUUCUUGAAACACUCAUGACCCUGGUGGCAGGUGGUUGUGUUUGUAUACCCUCCGAGGAGCAGCGGCUCAACGGCCUGGCAGAUGCCAUCCGUGGGAUGCGAGCCAACUGGCUCGAACUGACUCCAUCUGUGGCACGAUUCAUCAACCCCGAAGAGGUACCGCACGUAAAAUCUGUCUUGCUUGUCGGAGAGCCGAUGUCUCAAGACCAUAUCAAACAAUGGUCAGGGUCGGGGAAGAUCCAACUCCUGAACGCAUACGGCCCCGCCGAGUGCAGUGUGGUAGCCACUAUCCAGCCCCAUGUGGAAGUGGAAGAUCCUCAAAAUAUCGGUCGCUCAUACAGCAGUCACUGCUGGAUCGUGAAUCCUCAAGAUCAUGAUCAGCUCGAGCCCCUGGGUGCGGUGGGAGAGUUACUCAUCAGCGGACCAAUCGUAGCCCGAGGUUAUCUCAACCAGCCCCACCAGAAGUCUUUCAUCUCCAACCCUCGUUGGGCGACGCGAUUCGGCAUUCCUCCAGGCGAACGCGUUUAUAAGACUGGAGAUCUUGUGAGAUAUAAUGUCGACGAUGGCGCGCUGCGAUAUGUGGGGCGCAAAGACCGGGAGGUCAAGAUUCACGGGCAACGUGUUGACCUGCAGGAAAUUGAGCAUCAUGCCUCCCAGUUUCAGAAGGGAAUACUUGCAGUGGCCGAUGUGAUCCAAGUCAACGGUAGUAGCGCGGGGAAACUCCUUGCCUUGUUUAUUUCCGCUGAUAAUGAUGAUACUCGCCCGACGAAGCACAGUUUCGUUGUCCCCAUGAAUGACACCCUCCUCGAUUUGGUGACCGACUUGAAACACUGGCUGCGUGACUGUCUACCACCAUACAUGAUCCCAACCAAGUAUAUGUUCGUCAAUCGCUUUCCUUUAACGAGAACUAGCAAACUUGAUCGACGAGCCUUGAUCGAUCUUGCAGCAUCCAGUCACCCGCCGUCAGGAGAGCAUCCGUCAAAGCAGCGUGAUAGAGAAGAUGUCGAGCUGGACCCGGAGCUUUUUGCCAAGGAAAAUAUCUUGUGCUCCGUAUUUGCUGAGGCAUUGGGCUGCCCGGAACGGAACAUCGGUGCAGAGGACGGUUUCUACGACAUGGGAGGGAAUUCAUUGGCGGCUAUCGAGCUAGUAGCCCGUGCACGCAAGCGUGGCCUGGAAAUCACGGUGGCGGAUGUCAUCCGUCUUCAGAGUCCACGAGAUAUUGCGCGAUGUACCGUGGAUAGCAAAGGGGUUCAUGAGAUCUCGCCAUUCUCUCUUCUCAUAGACCCCGAGCAGAGUCUAUCCGCCGCGACAGCCCAGUGUGGCGUGGAGAGAGCAACGAUUGAAGACAUUUACCCUUGCACCCCUCUGCAGGAAGGUCUCAUGCAUCUAUCCAUCAUUACCCCGGGAGCUUUCAUGGGCACAUACCGAUUCUCCUUGGCUCCUUCUACGAACCUUCAUCGGAUCUGGGCUGCAUGGGAACAGCUUUGGCUUGUACAUCCCAUCCUCCGAACACGCAUAAUUCAACUUCAGGAUGGUCAAAAGCUUCAAGUAGUCAUCAUGCAAAAGCUUCCACGCAAAGACAUUUUAGUCGUGGAUGAUUGCGAGCCGAUGAGCUUGGGGACACCCCUUGCACGUUUAACAUUUCAUCCUGGACGGGCUUGCGGCGGAUCUGACUCUGGAAUGUUCAUUUUGACCAUGCACCACGCCCUUUUUGAUGGGUGGUCAUAUUUGCAGCUGCUCGAGGAUCUCCAGGUGAUUUAUAAUGGGGACAGAUUGCCACCACGCCCUGCCUUCAAUCAUGUCAUUAACUACAUCUCUAAUUUGAAGAUUGAGGAAGGUCACUCUUUUUGGCGUCAACAUUUCAACGAUUUACAAGCAACAAUGUUCCCUAUCUCUUCCCGGCGGUCAAUCGCGUUGCCACAUUGGCAAGUCAAAAGCCAGCAAAUUAUCCUGGCGAAGUCGGAUAUGAACUGGACCCUCGCCAAUAAAAUAAAAUUGGCCUGGGCCCUUGUGAUCUCUUCCCAAACUCACUCGAAUGAUGUAGUAUACGGAUUAACAGUCUCGGGCCGGAAUGCCCCAGUACCAGAAAUCGAUCGUAUUGCUGGGCCAACUUUUGCAACAUUCCCCUUCCGCACGCAGCUUCAUGACCAGAUAUCGGUGGAAGAUAUGUUGAUCCAAAUGCGACAUCACGACGUCUCCAUCAUGCCAUUUGAACAUAUUGGUCUCAGGCGUAUCGCGGAGUCAAGCCCAGACGCAGCCCUGGCUUGUGGAUUCCAGAAUCUUCUCACCGUCAGGUUGCAAUCUCUUCAGAUUCCUCCGGGCGCCUUGAUUGAUUUACCCGAGAAUGAAGAUCAUGACCUGAAAUUUGCGUCGUAUCCCCUGUCAAUUGUGGCCCAGCAGGAGGGCAAAUUGCUAGAGGUCAAGGCCAUCUUUAAUACCGACAUUCUAGGAUCUGACAGGACUGAGUCACUGCUAGAGCAGUUUGAUAUGUUGUUACAACGAAUCCUUCGGGAGCCCGGGACGACAGUGAGCAACCUGAGACGUCAGCUAGCUCCCGAGUGGCAGCAAUUAGCGGCGAUUAACAGGAAGAUCUCGCCCGAACUGCAUUGCCUACAUGAUAUUAUCCAGGACUUCAGCGUCAUCCAACCAAAUUCAGAGGCCGUCUGCGCAUGGGAUGGCUCACUCACAUAUAAAGAACUAGUCUCGUUGGCGUGGAGAUUGGCAGGCCAUAUCAAGUCUUUCGGGUCCCGGUCGGAACCCGGUGCUGUCAUCGGGAUCUGUGUGGAAAGAUCGAAAUGGUUUCCCGUUGCCAUCCUGGGCGUCAUGAUGUCGGGAGCCGCCAUGGUUUUGUUAGAACCCAAUUUCCCCGUGCCUCGUUUGCAGCAUAUCUUGCGAGACGCCGGGGCACGGAUGAUGAUAUGCUCUCUGGUAUUCCAAGAGAAGUGUACGGGCUUGGUCGAUGAUAUGUUGAUUCUGACUCCCGAUAUUGCGACCCGAGCGGACUACGAUACUUGGACUUUGCCAUCGGUGUCUCAUCAAGAUCCAAUGUAUGUUGCUUUUACAUCCGGGUCAACCGGUGCCCCGAAGGGUGUUGUGAUCGAGCAUGGCAUGGUAUAUUCGAUGCUCGAGGCACAUAAGGACAUAAUUGGCGCAUCAAAUGGGUCCCGAGGCUUGCUUUUCGCCUCGCCCGCGUUUGAUAUAUGCCUUGCCGAGAUUGUACUUAUACUCGGUGCCGGAGGCUGCGUAUGUGUGCCUUCUGAAGCUCAACGCAUGAACAGCUUGGCGAAAACGAUGACAACCAUGCAGGUCAACAUGGCUAUGCUGACUCCUUCUGUGGCACGCACCCUCUCGCCAGCUGCGGUCCCUUGUCUCCAAACUCUGAUUCUUGGAGGAGAGCCGCCAUCAGCCUCCGAUUUGGCGACAUGGGCUUCACGGGUCCAGCUGCAUCAAUCCUAUGGGCCAGCCGAGUGCACUAUGUACACAACCACUACACCGCCAUUGACUCCCAGCUCGGACUUGGGCAACGUCGGAUUUUCUCCAAACGCGUCAUGUUGGAUCGUUGACCCGGAGAACCAUGAUGAGCUUCAACCGGUUGGCUCCGUGGGAGAACUAUUGAUCGGUGGGCCGAUUGUUGGAAGAGGCUAUAUCAACCGAACCCAGGAGUCUGCAGCGGCCUUCAUUCGUGAUCCUGUCUGGAGCGAGAACUUCCCCUUCUUACGAGGAGACCGACUGUACAAGACUGGAGAUCUCGCUUCCUUGAAUGCAGUCGGGUCCUUAACUUUGGUCGGCCGAAAGGAUACACAGGUCAAGCUCAAUGGGCAACGGAUUGAGGUGCACGAGAUUGAGCAUUGUGCUGAAAAGUACCAACAUGGUACCGCGGUCAUUGCGGAAUUAAUCAACCCUGCCGGCAUCCAGAGACCUAGACUUGUCAUGUUCCUCUAUGAUCCUGCGACGGUAGAAACAACGGUGGGCAUAAACUCUGCUUGUCUUGAACAUCGGGAACUAUUGCUCCCACCGUCAACACGAAAUCAAGCUUACCUUGAAGGUGUAAGACAUCAUCUCAAUCAAUACCUUCCACCGUAUAUGAUACCAUCCCUUUUUCUUUCGCUGUCCCGUCUACCGCUUAGCCCAAGCGGCAAGGCCGACCGCAAGACACUACGCCAGAUUGUUUCGAAAAUGGAUAGAGAGACAUUGGAGAUGUAUAUGGAUAAUCCGGUGGCAGAGAAAAGGGAACCAACGACAGAGCAAGAGCGAUUCGUCCGUGCAAGUUUUGCCACGGCCCUGUCAUUGAAUGAGGAGGCUGUUGGCAUGGACGAUAACUUCUUCGCUCUCGGAGGUGAUUCUAUUACUGCCAUGCGCGUUCUCACUUUGUGUCGGAGAAGGAACAUGGCCAUCUCGAUGCAGGAUUUUCUCUCAAAGAACACUGUAUCCUUGUUUUGCGCAAAUGCCAUUGUGAUUCAGGCCCAAACUGUUGAUUCCAAGCGCCAGAAAGCCCUGAAUUCCGAAGACUCCGUUCGAGGGAAAAAUUAUCUUGUCCAGUUUGAGCAUAUCGAAUACCAGCUGGACAUGGUUCGAUCUCGGUUGAAUUUGUUGAAAUCGGAUUCCAUCGAGGAAAUCUACCCCUGCUCUGACGCCCACAGUGGGGUGUUGGAGCUCUAUACGUCCAACUACACAAGCACUGCUAUUUUCGAAAUUUGUUCCACCGAAUCAGUGACUGCGAUACAGGUGAGCAACGCUUGGAAUCAACUAGUGCAUCGUCAUGUCGCCUUGCGUACAGUUAUGAUGAAAGAACCAAAGGUUCAUGCAGAUUACCUUCAUGUAGUCCUUGGCAAGGGACCAGCUCAAAUUCUUGCUCUUCCUUGCAGCAAGAAUGCCCUCACAGAGCUGAAAAAUCUCGAACCAGUCCAAUUCUGGGGCCUGUCACCACCACACCGGUUAAUAAUCGGCCAGGACAAUUCUGGAGCGGUCUUCAUAAGGCUGGAAACGGGCUAUGCCUUGAUCGACGCCUUUUCUAUGACCAUUCUACUAGAAGAACUUUCUCUCCUCCUCCAGGGUCAGCCUUUGCCAGAGAAUGGAGUCUCGUACCGUCAAUAUCUGUCCCAUUUGCACAGCCAGUCGUCUGCAGGAACGCUGCAAUACUGGACACAGACGCUUUAUGGAGUAUACCCUUCCCACCUACCCAAACUCCCUGCUAAACAGUCCCCUCUGCCUGAACCGCGCUCGCAGAGCCGCUGCCUGUCAUUCGCGCAAUCAAAGCGUUUAGAUUCCUUCUGGCGUUCCAAUCAUCUCACCAUCACCAAUGUUUUCCAGCUGGCAUGGGCCUUGACUCUCACCCAAUACACCAAUUCCCGCGAUGUGUGCUUCGGAACCAUCACCUCGGGGCGUGAUACCCCUCACCUUGAAGUAUGGAAUAUUGUUGGGUCAUUUUUCAACAUUCUUCCGUGUCGAAUUGCAAUUGAUCCCACGCGCACGGUAUUGGAUACUCUCCGACAGAACCAGGAGAAUAUUCAGCGUCGAAACGACCAUCAGUACUGUUCCAUGCCAGAUAUGAUCCGAAAAGCUGGAAUAAGGAGCUUAGACAAGGACCAGCAGCUGUUCAAUACAGUUUUGACAGUGCAGAACCCAUUCUCGACACGAUCAUCUACUGCAAAGGAUGGGAGCAACGAGAUCGAUAUCAAACUCAUCGAUUUGGACGAUGCAACUGAGUAUGACCUAUGCGUAGCUAUUAUUCCCUCCCAUUCCCACUUCAAGGUCGAACUACGCUACUGGACGACGACUGCAUCUGAGGAAUAUGCUUCGGAUAUUCUAGAUUGCCUUUUCAACCAGCUGGAACAGAUUGUGCAUCAUGCGACCAAGCCAUUGAGCGUCAUCACCAGUAUUGGAUGA